UUCCAUACUUUAAAAGUAUUUAAUGUUCAAUAAAACAAAAUAUUAGGAAAACUCAAAUAUAUCGUUAACUUUUUUCAAGUACAUAAAAAAGAUAUUUUGCAUCUUUUUGCGUUGUGUGUGUGUGCGUGUGUUGUGCAAAAAAAAAGAUUGAAAAAUAGUUUGGUCAACAAAUUCUAUAUUCUCUCUUCUCUUUCAUGUAAUUUUUGUGAGGAGCUAAAAUUCAAUAUGCUAUUCUCACUUAUGUGGCUAAAACAAAUAAUGAAAUUAUAUUACUGCCAGUUCAUGUUAAUGUGUGUAUAAAAGAAAAGAAAAAAGAAGAAAACAAGCGAAUUUGAGUAACAGCAGUGGAUUUCAGCCAAACGGAGAAACAAUAAAACUGUUGACAACACACACAUAUUAAUCGUUUUCGCUUAACACAAAAAGAAAUGUUGUAUAUAGUAUUACUGUUUAUGUUUAUAUUGAUACUGAGAGAGAGAAAGCUAUUUCUUAAUAAUUGACAUUUACUUCUUGAUCUGCAUUAACAACAUAGACCAGCGUUGUCGAAGAGAAGCUACUCAUCUCAUCCAAAAUAAAUAACAAACAGAGAAUAUUGCACAUUAAAUUAAUAUUCAUACUAACAUAAAAUCGAAGGAAAACUACAAGUGUGCUGCUUAAUAAAAUGUCAACGUUCUUAAAUAAUUUCUUUCCAGCAGAUACGGCUGCUAUGGAUCCUAUCUUCUAUUCACCAACAAAUGGCAUACCUUCAGAAAGUAAAUUAGCAACCUAUAUGAAUCGACAAAAUGUUGCAACACCAACUUAUGGUCUUAAUUCGGGCUUUUCUCUGCUUAACUUGGACUCGCCACUAUCUAUUAAAAAAGCUCAGGUAACACCACAGUCACCCGAAUUCAUUCCAACACGCAUCAAUUCAUCACCUAGCUUUUAUUCACCAUAUCAUACAUCAAUGUUAAGCAAUGGCCUUAAUGGUGUUGCUGGGGCAGCACUAAACGGUUUAACACCGCCCAACUCAGGCACAAAGCAAACAAUUAACAACACAACGUCUAUGUUGGGACUGCAAAAAGCGACUGCAGCAGCCGUAGCUCAGCAAAAGCAGAUACAACAACAGCAACAACAACAACAACAACAGCAGCAACAACAACAACAACAGCAGCAGCAACAGCAACAGCACACUUUGGUUAACGGUAACACACAUACACAGCAACAGUUAGUAGGAUCGCUGGCAACACCAACCGGUCCGCAAUCGUAUGCGGGAAUGUCAACGUCUACGACCACAACUCCACUAAAAGGUGGUGGUGUUGUACGAAAUAGUUUGCUACGCAACGAAUCACCAUCAAGUAUAGGUGAAAAAUCGCCGCCGCGCAUGACGCCUCAUGCCUCCCCAAUACCGAGCACUUUGCCUGCAAACGUUCAUCAGGAAAAUGUCGGUGGCACAAUUUACUUUUAUCCAACUGCCAAUCAUACAACCGCCCCGAAUACUAGUUCUGUUGUGGUGCCAACCGGCGUUGUCGACUCGGUAACAGUUUCUCAUCAUACAGCUCCAGCCGGUGUACCGUCAAUAACGCCAGUACAACCUGAAUUAAUGUAUGCAGGCCAUGUUUAUCCGGGUCCUGCGUCGAAUGUUAUCACAAUGCAACCGAAAACCCAAUUAGAAUCGGCUUUCUUUAUGCCAGAUGAAAUGCGGGCCGAUUUAUUAGCCCGCAACGCGAUCUCGAAUUUGAUGUUGGACUCGAAUGAAGCUGCUCAGCAUGCUUUACCCAUGGAAGUGGAUAAUUAUCAUUCGCUGUAUCCACUUGAGCCGUUGCCCGUACAACCGUUACAUGCCAAACUAACAUUGCCCACGUCCACCUACAAAGCCACCCACAGCACUACCGGCAUUAAAUAUUGCCUGAGAAGAUUACAUGGCAAGAAUACAACAAAAUUUACCCAUUUGUUCCUUCUUUCGCAAAACAAUAAUAACAUUAAUCAACGAAACGUCUCUUUCUCUUUUCCCUUUUUUUCUAAUUAUUUUACUUUCUGUUCUGUUUUGCUGAUUUUAGGUUUUCGAUUACAAUCGACCAAAUGUAUGGCGAUUGUUGAAAUGUGGAAGAAACUACAACAUUCAAAUGUGGUACAAUUACGUGAGGUCUUCACAACAAAAGCAUUUGGUGAUAAUUCGUUAGUAUUAGUUUAUGAUUAUCAUCCGAGCUCGCAAACAUUGUUAGCAAAGUACUUUACACCGACGCCAGACUCCAAUGGCUAUAAUGAUCCAUUCCAGGGCGAAGCACGCCCCUUCAGUCAUAAAAGUAAUUUGCAACGCACCAAUAACGGCCCCCUCUUGCCGGAGGCAACUAUCUGGGCUAUUAUAAUGCAAUUAACAGCCGGUUUACGUGCAAUACAUCAAGCUGGCUUAGCCUGCAAAGUAUUGGAUCCUACGAAAAUUAUUGUAACCGGUAAGCGUGUACGUUUUAGCUUUUGUGGCACAAGUGAUAUCGCACAGUUUGAUCCAAAUACGGCAAAUCCUUUAGCUGUGAUAAGCAUGCAUCAACAGGAGGAUUUGACCGCUUUGGGUCGUUUAGUAUUAGCAUUGGCCUGUAGAUGUUUACAAUCAGUUCAACGUGAUAGUGUACAAUCAAGCAUUGAAAUGAUCUCACGUCAUUAUUCUUCCGAUCUGAGAAAUUUCAUUGUAUAUCUGUUCACCACGACCCAGAGACGUUCCGUAACCGACUUAAUGCCGAUGAUUGGCGCCCGCUUCUACACACAAUUGGAUGCUUUACAAUCCCAAUGUGACAUGCAAGAGGAUGAAUUGUCAAAGGAAAUGGAAAAUGGGCGACUAUAUCGAAUAUUGGUAAAAUUAAACUGCAUUAACGAAAGACCAGGCUUCAAUUUAGAUUGCACGUGGUCAGAAACUGGUGAUAGAUAUAUGUUGAAAUUAUUCCGCGAUUAUUUGUUUCAUUCCACCACUGAAGAUGGUCGACCUUGGCUAGAUCACGCACAUAUUGUACAAUCUUUAAAUAAAUUAGAUGUCGGCUCCAUGGAAAGAGUACAAUUAAUGUCACGUGAUGAACAGUCGGUUCUUAUUGUUACUUAUGCUGAACUCAAAAAUUGUUUAGAGAAAGCAUUUUCAGAACUCAUGGCUCAUGCUGCCACAUAAUAAUAAGUAUUGACAACCAAGCCAAUCUGAUCUUCGUCCUCCAGAAAACUUCCCAUCCUAUGUCCCAUCACAUCGCGCAUGGUCUGCGAGCUGUCAAGCUACUAAAUACUGAAGACGAUGAAAACUCAGAAGACAAAGUGCUUCGUUUUUUAAGCAUAAACGUAACAUCCUCCUCCAUUUUGUACUCCAUUCAAUUCUUACUGUUUUACUUAAAGCCAUUAAUAUGAAAUGUGAGAAAAAAAAAAAAAAAAAAAAAAUGAAAAAAAUCCUCUUAACUUUUAAAUGUUAAAAUAUUAUCACAUAAAAACCAAUUAAUUAUUAUUAUUAUUAUUAAACUCAAAAGAAUCUUUUGAUUUCCAUGUUUGAAAAUGUUGAAAUGUAUUAUUAUUAAGCUCAAAGGAAUCUCUUAAUUUCCAUAUUUGAAAAUGUUGAGACAUAAGCAAGGGAAGAAACGAAAUCAAGUAAAAGAAAGCAAAAAAAAAAA